AUGUCGGCCAAUCUAGACCGCGCAAUUGAGAUAGUACAGCGAGCGAUAGAGGAUGAUCAAAAGCAAAACUACGACGCAGCAUACAAACAAUAUCAGAAUGCACUCGAUUACUUCAUGCUUGCGCUGAAAUACGAGAAGAAUGAGAAGUCCAAGCUGCUCAUUCGCUCGAAAGUCAAUGAGUACCUGGCGCGCGCGGAGACGUUGAAAGACCACCUAUCUCAAUCACAAGAGAAGCGCGCGAGAAAGGCUCUCGGAGCCAAUGGCAUGAACGGAGGCGCAGCUGGAGGCGGGAAGAAGAAAGACGGAGACGAUGACGACGUCGAUCCCGAAGUGAAGAAGUUGCGAGCUGGCCUCGCAGGUGCGAUUAUCUCGGAGAAGCCGAACGUCAAGUGGGAUGACGUCGCCGGUCUGGAGGCGGCGAAGGAGUCGCUGAAGGAGGCGGUGAUCUUGCCCAUCAAGUUCCCGCAUCUGUUCACGGGCAAGCGGACGCCAUGGCGCGGUAUACUGCUUUAUGGACCACCGGGAACUGGAAAGUCGUACCUCGCAAAGGCGGUCGCGACCGAGGCGAAGGGCACGUUCUUCAGUGUCAGCUCGAGUGAUCUGGUGAGCAAAUGGCAAGGCGACUCUGAACGGCUUGUGCGACAGCUGUUCGAGAUGGCGCGUGAAAACAAGCCAGCAAUCAUCUUCAUUGACGAGGUUGACUCGCUCGCGGGUUCACGAAACGAGCAAGAGUCGGAGGGCUCACGGCGGAUUAAGACCGAGUUCCUUGUGCAGAUGAACGGUGUAGGUCACGAUGAUACAGGUGUCCUUGUUCUCGGGGCCACAAAUAUUCCCUGGCAGUUAGACAACGCUAUCAAGCGGAGAUUCGAGAAGCGAAUCUAUAUACCACUUCCUGGUACGGAGGCGAGACGACGGAUGUUCCAGUUGCACGUCGGUGAUACCCCAUGCGAACUGACGGUCAAGGAUUAUCGUCUUUUGGCGGAGAAGACAGAGGGCUACUCGGGGUCGGAUAUAUCUGUUGUCGUACGGGACGCACUCAUGCAGCCGGUCCGCAAGGUUCUCUCCGCUACGCACUUCAAGCAAAUGCCUUCGCUCUCGGAUCCGUCUGUCAUGAUGUGGACACCAUGCUCACCUGGCGAUCCGGAAGCGGUAGAGAAGUCGUGGUCAGAGGUCGAGAGCGACGACCUACUGGAGCCGCCACUGAAGUUGGCAGACUUUUUGAAGUCGCUUGACAGCGUGCGCCCAACAGUGACUGCAGAUGACAUCAAGAGGCAUGACCAGUGGACAAUGGAGUCGGGCAAUGAAGGAGCAUAG